CUGACAAUAGAGGCUUUGAAAUGAAAGGUUUUUUUUCUUUCAGCAAACGUUGUCUGCUUUUCUUAAGUAUUAUAAACAAAUGUAUCAGAUUGUGCUUCCAAGGACGAAAGGGAAGCCUUGAAAAACCUGUGAUUGGCUGCAUGUUCUGUGCUCUCCCACAGUUCCUUUUAAUUGGCUUUGAGUGAAGUUAGGAUUACAGUUUUCUUUUUUUUUUCCCCUCGGUCUGUGCUGCGUUAGAACAACUUCGCACUAUUCUGACGUGACGGCAUAUCCUGGACUAUUAUUCCCUGAGUAAACUGCUGAAGGCAGCGCAAACAUGAGCCUGUGUGCGAGGAGAGUGACACUGCCUGCCAUCACCCCACUGCUGCUCCAGAAAAGGGUGAUUAAAGUCUUCAAUGAGGAUGGUACUAGCAGGGCCAUAGAAGUGCCAAAUGAUAUAACGGCUCUGAAUGUGUGUCAACUGCUGAUCCAUAAGAACCAUUACAUUGAUGACCAGAACUGGACGAUGUUCGAACAGCUCUCUACACUUUGCCUAGAAAGAAUCAUAGAAGACCAUGAAAUGGUUAUUGAAGUGCAGUCAAAGUGGGACAUGGAAGAGGAUUGUAGGUUCUGUGUCAGAAAAUACUAUGCAAAAUAUGAAUUCUUCAAAAAUCCUGAGAACUAUUUUCCAGAUUUAAUGCUGUCCUAUUCCAGUGAAAUGAAUGGCACAACAAAGCCUGUGGACAUUCUAAAGAUGUUAUUGAGUACAAGCACGUAUCCUGAAAUCCACAGUUACUUAUAUAUGGCAGAAAAAGGGAAAAAAUCUUGGAAGAAACUAUUUUUCAUUUUACGACGUUCAGGAUUGUACUUUUCCACAAAAGGAACAUCAAAGGAACCCAGACACUUGCAAUUCUUCUGUGAUUUUCCCCAGAGUAACAUAUAUAUGUUGCUGUCUGCAAGAAAAAGUUAUGGGGCUCCUACAGACUUUGGAUUCUGCCUCAAGCCUAACAAGACAGGAGGAGCCAAGGAAAUGAAACUGCUGUGUGCAGAGACUGAAGAGAGUAAGAUCUGCUGGCUGACAGCAAUUAGAUUAUACAAGCACGGAAAACAGAUUUAUCAAAAUUAUAUGAGGCCACAACAAAAAAGUGAUGGAAGCAGUCAGAAUCUUGCGGCUAUGAGAAGCAUAUCAGAAAACUCCCUUGUGGCGAUGGAUUUCUCUGGUCAUAAAAGCAGAGUCAUAGAAAAUCCCACAGAAGUAUUGUCCAUUGCACUUCAGGAAGGGUUGUUAUGGCGGAGGAAAAGCAGUGGUAGGAUCAAUGUGCAUGGAAUCAAUACAAGUUCUCAGAAUUCCACAAUGAACCUUGCAGUCCACAUGUCACAACCCUGGUUCCACCACAAAAUAUCAAGGGAUGAAGCUCAAAAACUGAUAUGUCAACAAGGACUUGUAAAUGGAGUAUUUCUGGUUCGUGAUAGCCAAAGUGCACCAAAAUCAUUUGUUCUUUCUAUGUGCCAUGGGCAGAAGAUAAAGCAUUUUCAGAUUUCACCAAUAGAAGAUGGAGGAGAGCUUUAUUACACAUUAGAUGAAGGACACACAAGAUUUACAGAUCUAACACAACUUGUUGAAUUUCACCAGUUGAAUAAGGGAAUAUUGCCUUGUACGCUGAAGCACUACUGUACCCGUGUUACAGUUUAAUGUUAAUAUGUGCUUUUUUGUGAAAAUAUUGUAAAUAUUGUUCACCAAUCAUGCUAUUAGGAUGACAGAAAUGGAUAUGUACAGUGACAGAAAGGGACUUUCAGGCUUAUUUAAGCAGAAAUACAAUGAGCAU